AGUAUUAUUGGGCCUAACUAAAGCCCAUUAAUGGUUAUCUUUUCUUUCUCUCUGCGCUAACCCAAGCUCCGUCGGCAAUGGCAGAAUCGACGAGAAAUCUGACUGGGCUUGGAGGAGAAGCAGCGAAAGAAGAAGAUGAUGACUACAUGGGAGACCUUUCUCAGUUUAUUCCUCAGGAACUUACCCAGACCUCCAAAAGAAAGGAAUCUGAAAAGAAAACUGUAAUCGUUGAACCAUCACGGAAGAAGUUAAAGAAUCUCAAUUGGCACGAGAGACGAAGAUUGGAGAAAGAGAGGAAACAGAUAGAAGAGGAUGAGCAGACAUUGGCUCGUAUUGUAGACACUCCUAUUGGAGAGUCUAACGUAGGGUUUAAGCUAUUGAAGCAAAUGGGUUACAAGCCAGGUUCUGCUCUUGGUAAAGAAGGCUCUGGUAGAGCUGAGCCUGUGACUAUGGAUAUUCGAAGAUCGAGGGCCGGUGUGGGAAGAGAGGAUCCACAUAAAGAGAAGAAGAAAAAAGAGGAGAUUGAGGCUGAGAUUGAGAAGAGAAAGGUGGAGGAGAUGUUGGAGGAUUUUGGGUCUAGACAGAAGUCUCAAUGGCGUAAGAAGAGAUUUUUGAUUAACUUUAGGAAGGCUAAGGCGGCUCUUGAUCAACUUGAGAACGUUGAAGUUGUUCCGGAGAAGAAGAACGAGGAAGAUGAAGAUGGUAAGCCUGAUGAAGAAGAGGAAGAAGAAGAGGAGAUCACUGAAGAGGAUUUGCAAGAAAUAUUAAUGAAACUGAGAGAUGAACAUCGGUAUUGCCCUUUCUGCGGGUUCCAGUAUGAAACGACUGAAGCCCUUCUAUCCAAUUGUCCUGGCGUAAAUGAGGAUGAUCACUAGAUAAGUCACAGUAGUAUGGAAGCACACAAACACAAUGUCUGCAGAAGCUUCAGGUUGAAAAUUUCCUGAUGUUGCUGAAGAGGAAGCAAGAUACCGAAGAAAGACUGUGUUUGCGGGUGAGGUACACACUUUAGAAAAUUUUAAGGACUUGCUAAUUCCCAUAGUACUCAUGCUUUUGAUAGAUAGUAGGAUGAUUAAAGCAUGUGGAACUCUGAUUUGAUAAAACAAUAUAUUGAUUAUGAUGUUGAUGUUUCAAUUUGAUCUCAAAUUCAUGUAAA